CGCAGGAAAGGGAACGGCUGGGGCGCUGUGCCUGCCUGCCUGCCGGCACACUCGCCUGCCUGCCGGGAGCCGUGCCCGCAGGUUCUGUUACAGCAUAGAAGUGAGAUCCACAAGACUCCUCUAAGAUGUCUUACAGAAAGGAGCUAGAAAAAUACCGAGACCUGGAUGAAGAUCAGAUCCUUGGAGCUCUGACAGAGGAGGAGCUCAGGAAGUUAGAGAAUGAACUGGAAGAGCUGGAUCCUGAUAAUGCACUGUUGCCAGCAGGGCUCAGGCAGCGGGACCAGACACAAAAGCCACCAACUGGCCCCUUCAAAAGGGAAGAACUCAUGGCCCACCUAGAAAAGCAGGCAAAGGACAUUAAAGACCGAGAAGACUUGGUUCCUUUCACAGGUGAAAAGAGAGGAAAAGCUUGGAUUCCCAAGCAGAAGCCGAUGGAUCCUGUUUUGGAAAGUGUGACUCUGGAGCCAGAACUGGAGGAAGCCCUUGCUAAUGCCUCUGAUGCAGAACUCUGUGACAUUGCUGCCAUCCUUGGCAUGCACACCUUGAUGAGUAACCAGCAGUACUAUGAGGCACUGGGGAGCAGCACCAUUGUGAACAAAGAAGGCCUCAACAGUGUGAUUAAGCCCACACAGUACAAACCAGUUCCUGAUGAGGAGCCAAACUCAACGGAUGUGGAGGAAACCCUGAAACGAAUACAAAGCAAUGAUCCUGACCUGGAAGAAGUCAACCUUAACAAUAUUAUGAAUAUUCCUAUACCAACUCUAAAAGCUUUUGCAGAAGCACUGAAAAACAACGCAUAUGUGAAGAAGUUCAGCAUAGUUGGGACCCGGAGCAACGACCCUGUUGCUUUUGCCCUGGCAGAAAUGCUGAAGGUCAAUAGCACACUGAAGAGCCUGAAUGUGGAGUCAAACUUCAUUUCUGGGUCUGGGAUCCUGGCUAUCGUUGAAGCGCUCGAGGGCAACACGUCGCUCGUGGAGCUGCGCAUUGACAACCAGAGUCAGCCCUUGGGCAACAAAGUAGAAAUGGAAAUCGCAAAUAUAUUGGAAAAGAACACCUCCCUACUGAAAUUUGGGUACCAUUUCACUCAGCAAGGUCCCCGGCUUCGCGCCUCCAAUGCCAUGAUGAGUAACAACGACCUGGCUCGUAUUCAUCAGUCCGAUGGUCUCCGGCAGUAGCAUCUCAGCUGUACCUGGACAAUGUAUAAUGAGGAAGAGAAGACUUGCAGAGGUGAAUGGGCCUAUUUUUCCCAAGUGCAGAACUGGAGUGUAGUUCCUGGCCAUGGAGGUCAUUCCCAGUGAUCUGUGCUACACUGUGGAAAUCUAAAGGCAAUAAGUGCCUUGACAGAGUA